AUCUAAAGCAGUAAAGCUACAGCGUCUAUGGCCGUAGCGGUGUUGUCAGAAGUCCAAAACCGAUUCUCCGUCGUCUCUCCCGCCACGGUAGUAGCGGAAAACGAACAAGAGAAACUGCAUGGAAUCUGAAAACCGCUCGGAGAUUCCCGGAAUACUUGAACUGUCACCAUUUUAGUUGACUGGAUGAGCUACUGAUGCAUUUAUUAGAUAUUGCUACUGGUUACCGGAACAAUGUUUUUGCAGUUACUUCUCAAAAAUUAUUCUGUAAUACUAGAUUUGUGUAUGGGAAGGAUACUGGAUUUCCGUCUUCAUGGAGAUCCUUUUGCAUCCCGGGAGAAGCUAAGGGAUUGGGCGGCCUUAAGCUGCCCCGGGGUGGGUUAAUGAUAAGGGCAGUGGCUACUUUUCAGGAAGUGGUAACCAAGUCUAACCAGAGCAGUGAGAAGGAUUGCUAUGAAGGUUGUGUGAAGUUAAGUAUUGAAUCAAGAAGCUUAGAGUGCACUGCUAUGGAGCAGCAAUCUGAGACUGGUAAUUCAACUGAAUUGGAUGAGAGCGUAAGACAGAUGAGGGUCCCCAAAUCUAACAAAGGGAGAGUUCCUUGGAAUAAAGGCAGGAAGCACAGUCCUGAAACAUUGCAACGGAUUAGAGAGAGAACCAGGCUUGCAAUGCAGGACCCUAAGGUCAAGAUGAAGCUAGCCAACCUUGGGCAUGCUCAAAGUGGUGAAACAAGGAUGAAAAUAGGAGCUAGUAUGCAGCUUAAUUGGGAAAAACGUCGUAAGAAGCUGAUGUUGCAGGAGACUUGCUACUUUGAAUGGCAGAAUUUAUUAGCAGAAGCUUCUAGGAAUGGGCUCUUUGGCGAGGAAGAGUUGCAGUGGGGCUCCUACAAGAUUUUGAAUGAACAGCUGGAGCAGGAAUGGCUGCAGAGUGUUCAACAAAGGAAAAAGAAGCCAAUGGGCAGCAAGAAUCAACCCAAGUCUGCUGAGCAACGGAGGAAGAUUUCUGAAGCCAUUGCAGCCAAAUGGGCGGAUCCUGAAUACCGUAAUCGGGUCUGCUCUGCUAUCGCUAAACAACGUGGUGUACCUGAUGGUGUUGAAAGAAAGAAAAGGAAAAGGCCAAGCAGCAAUGGACAGACCAGAAAAAGAAGCCCAUCAACGAAGAAAGAUGAUAUAAAUGGUCUAGCACUCAAUAAACCAAAGAGUCAAACUCAACAAGUUAGGUUGGACAGAAGUAGUAUACCAAAAUACAUGGAUCCUUUAGCAAGUUCCAAGCUAGAAAUGCUAAAGAAUAUCAGAACACAGAGAGCAGCGAUAGACAACAAGAAGGAUGAAGCCUUGGCCAGAGCAAAAUUAUUGAUUGCUGAGGCUGAGAAGGCUGCAAAGGCACUUGAGAUUGCUGCCACAAAGAGUCCUGUAGCUAAAGCAUCCCUUAUUGAAAGCAGGGAGCUCAUUGCAGAAGCAAUUCGUUACAUUGAGUCCAUAGAUAUAGGAGAUGUCUAUUCUGUUGAAAAUGGCACAGAGUAUUCACUCACUCCAACUGAACCAGCUAGUGUUGAUGACAUGACACUGACAAAACUUGAAACUUUGGAGGAAGUUGACCAAAGAAAAUCAAACAGAGCCCAUGCAUUACUGCCUAAUGGUGAUGGCAUUCACAACUUCAAGUCUACUGGGAAACACUUGCACCCUUUACUUAAUGGUAAAGGCGCAGCCUUUUUGUCAAGCUUGAGUGAUUAUGAUUCACUUGGCUGCAAGGAAAAACUGGGCCUAACGUUUUCCAGUAAUAUGGCUCCAUUAGCAGCCGAUGCUGGGUUAAGGAAGUUGGACACUGCAGAAGAAGUAGACGGUGAUCACAAGAGAAGUGAGGUCGAAGAAGGUAAGCAGAAGCCAUGGCCAAAUGGAUUUACAUCUCAGCCCAUAAGUAACCCGCCUCCCCCGGCUAAGCCAACAGCAGUAUCCAAGAAAUGGGUUCGUGGGCGGUUCGUAGAAGCAGCUGAGGAAGAUGGGGGAGAGAAAUGAGGUGUAAAAUUCCAUGAUUUUGAUGCUUGAAAGAUGAAGUUUUUACAGUAUGAUUGCAUCCAACAAAACGAAAAUGCUUGUCUGCGUCAGGAAUCAAGAUGUGUUUGAACUGGACUCGGGUGAAAUCACUUUCCCGUUUUUGAGUUGGUCGUCGACUGCAUUCUCCACCUCUUUCCUCUUCUUCUCCUUGUCUUCCUUGCCUCUCUCAACCUCCAUUUCCACCUGCUCCUUCUGCGAAACACCAUCAAACUUAUUUUACUUGAAGGAGGUAUAACUGAAGAGUCUAUGAAACCAAAGAGAAAAACAACUUACGUCGACGACAUCACGGACUGGGAUCUUAGUUCCAUGCACGGCGGAGCGGUUGGAUGCUUUGUCCGCUAUCAGCCGCAGCCCCCCGCGGCGGAGGAGGACCAUGCUGCUACUUGUGCCCUUCAUUGCCCACCACAUUCUCGGUGUCCCAACUGCCUCCAUCUUUUCUUUCUCCGAUUAAAGAAAGAGAAGAGCUAUGCGGAAUGAGGUGGAAGAAACAUCGUGGCUCCCUUUCAUCAUUCCACGUGUCUCCAGCCGUAUCUGUUGCAUUCCUCCGCCGCUUCCAGGAGUCCAAACGCACCGUACAGCACCGCAAAUCUAUUGGAUCAAACUAGACGUUCACAAUUAUUCACAAUUAUUAUUUAAUGGUGUAAAAUUUUACUCAUGUAUAAUAGUGUUGAAAAAAUCUUGUGUCUAAUAAGUAAUAAGUUUGAUUGAAAAGAUUUAAGAAUUAAA